AUGUCUUCCACAUCGUCCAGUGAUUGUGAAAAUUGUGAUUGCUCUCAAUGCACUUAUUUACUUGAAGAUAAACGCAACAGCUGCAUGUUUUAUCAUGGAAAGUCCAAGGUAACCAGUCGACGGGGCCCUACGUUUACCACUAUGGCUCAUCCUUUAGUAUACUACGCUGAAUUACCCCGGUCUCAAAACAGGUGCAAAACAUGCGUACCCAAGAAAGAGAAUUGUUUUGUGAAAGCUUUCAAAUGGUACACUCAGGAACGUAUACCAGAAAGGUAUGACUUUAACCCGGAAGUGACCAGUUUCGCCGAUUGGUUGGAUAAUAAAUACAUUGAGUACCUGUGUGAGAAUCGACAGAACCAGUGUUACGAGCUGAAGAUACAGAAGACGACAACCGUAGAAGAAAUUGUUCCUUGUGCAAUACGUGACCCGUGUACUAGAAAAUUUUCGCGAAUCAAAAGCCCAUGGAAAAAACGUAGACAUCCAUGUAACAACGCAGAUUUCCCUGAAAAGGGCCAUAAUCAAAGCUGUGAAUUUAUAUUGCAACCGAAGGAUUUGACGCGCGCUGUAUCUGAAAAUUGCUACCAAACUCCAUCGUCCAACGUUAGAUCCAACGCUACCGUGGCAUCGUCUAAUAUACCCUGUAGUGCAAGAUCUUCUGGGAGAUCACAAAGCCUCAGUAGCGUCUGUGAGAGGAGUGUGCAGAAACCCAUAGACACAAUACCACAAGCAGCACAAGAAGGUCCGAAAACACAGGGAACCUGCGAAUUAUGUCAACAAGAUCAAACUCAACAAGUGCCGUCGAAAUCACGAGCAGUCUGCGCUGCCUGCCAAUUUCCAGAAGAGAUAGUUAUUCCAGUCAAUGUAGAAGUGCAGUGUGAGCCUGCAAAACAAGAACAACAAGCGCCGACCUGUUGCAAUGUAGAUACCGGAAACGCACCGAUUUCGAGACAGGCCAGUAAAGUGUCAAAUGUCCAGAUCAUUCUCUCAGUAGAAAAAGUUCCGUUCAAAAAACAAAAAAGGGAGAAAAAGUUACAAAUAUGUUGUCAAUGUCCUGAAGAGAAUGUAGAGAAGGUUGAUACUAAGCCCCAGUAUCAGUCUACUCAGUGUACAUGUUGUGUCAACGAAGUCGCUCCCAAACGGGAAUCUCAAGAGGUAAAUCAGAUAUUUGGCCCUAAAUCCAUAAGGCGGCAAUCUCAAUCUACUGUAACUGUAGUCGACGGCAAGUGUGAUUGCACAGUGAAGGAAGUAGCGAUAGUGAGCAAAGUCACCUGUGUCACGGAGGACGCCGCACAAACAUCGGACCAUUCCAUAUGCUUCGACAAGGGUGUCGCCGACUAUCCGCUCUUUAUGAAAAUUAUCUGCGCUGAUAAAUUAAACACAGAAUGCACAAGAACAACAUGUUAA